ACUUGUUUGGAGUUCGCAUUUGGCCGUCAAUGUUCCCGGCAAAAUUCGGGAUGGUAUUUUCCUAAAGAAUAUAUUCAAUUAUAUUUGGGAAAAUGGCGAAUCUUAGCUCCGAAACUGAAGUAUUUCACAACUGGAUUUGAAAUUCUUGAUAAGCGGAAGAAAAAUGGCUUGAAUUCCUCUGUCUUUUACUCGUUUUCUGGAUUUUGAUAAUGCAGCAGGUUGCGAAGUUGAUUAGGGCAGUGAUUUUGAAGCUUCGAAGCUGAAGGCUGUGUUUCAAGGAUGAUGGAAGGAAGAGGUUGAACCUAGAAAAACAAGGUAAAUAUGCAAUUCCACACAGUUUUGAGAUCAGAGAAACAAAUUGAUCCAGUUUUUAGGUCAAUUUUCUAUCGUACCUUUUAUUGUAGUUUAUUUAUUUUUCUUGUGUUGCAUGAUAUCUGCGUCAGUUUUGGAUCCCCAAAUGAUAAGAGUUCUGUGUAAUUACUUACUUCAAAUUCACCAGUUUCGUUCGUCAACACCUCUAAUUUUAUUCAUACCCAGAAAUUUCUCUCUAUUUGUUCAAUCACCAGUAGCUCUGAGAUGUCGAAAUAAGUGUACCACCAUAAAUUCUUCCAUUAAUUGCUGUGGCAUUGCGCAAACUCUCAUAUCAAGGUGUUCUGUUUUGCUUGAGAAGGAAGAGAAUGGCUCUGUAUUGCCUAAUUCUUCUCUCAAGGAUUUUUUAUUGGAGAUCUCUGAUGUUGUACCGGAAUAUGUUCGUAGAAUUAGGCGAAUUUCGGAGUUAAAGCCUGAAGAUGUGCUUACAUUGUUUCUCGGGUUUCAAUCGAAGGUUGGGGAUAAUGGAAUUCAAGUUAAGAAAGUUGUGUGUUUAUGGAGAAUUUUGAAGUUUGUUAAUGAAAGUAAUGGGAGCUUCAAGCAAUUACCGAGGUUGUACGAGGUUAUGGCCUCUCUACUCGUUCAAGUUGGGAAGUUUAAGGAAGUCGAGCAACUUCUUUCUGAGAUGGAGAUUCAAGGAAUCUUACUGGAUAAUCCUGAAGCUUUUAGUUGUAUAAUUCAGGGUUUUGUUUGUGAAGGUAAUCUAGAAAAGGCUAUUUUGAUAUACGAAAAAGCGAGGCGGCGAUGUAUUUCUCCAUCAUUGUCAUGUUAUCGUGUUCUAGUAGAUUCUUUGGUUCGUAUGAAGAAAACACAAGUAGCACUUGGAGUAUGUACAGAUAUGGUGGAGAUGGGAUUUGAUUUGGGGGAUGACGAGAAGGCUGCUUUUGAGAAUGUCGUUGGACUACUCUGUUGGCAGGGAAAGGUUCUUGAAGCUAGGAACCUUGUGAAGAAGUUCGUGGCUUCGGGUUUUAGGCCUAGUGAUGAGGUUCUUUAUCGAAUUACGAGGGGUUACUGUGAGAAGAAGGACUUUGAAGAUUUGCUGAGUUUCUUCUUUGAAAUUAAGAGUCCCCCAAAUGUUUUUUCUGGCAACAAAAUCAUUCAUUCUCUCUGUAAAAAUUUUGGGUCCGAAAGUGCGUGCCUGUAUCUACGAGAACUUGAGUGUACAGGUUUCAAGCCUGAUGAAAUAACCUUUGGGAUUUUGAUAACUUGGAGCUGUCGUGAGGGAAAUCUUCGAAACGCUUUUAUUUAUAUGUCGGAGUUAUUGUCUAGUGGCCUAAAACCAGAUUUACAUUCGUAUAAUGCUCUCAUCAGCGCGAUGUUGAAGGAGGGCCUCUGGGAGAAUGGCCAAGGCAUUCUUGCUGAAAUGGUAGAGCGGGGAACGGAACCUAAUUUAUCGACUUUCAGAAUUCUUUUAGCAGGCUAUUGCAAAGCUAGACAAUUUGAAGAAGCAAAGAAAAUAGUUCUUGAAAUGGAAAGAUGUGGUUUUAUUCAACUUUCUCCAGUGGAUGAUCUAUUGUGCAAAAUAUUCUCUUUCUUGGGGUUUAAUGAUUCAGCAGUUAGGUUGAAAAGAGACAACAAUGCUGGUGUUUCUAAAACCGAGUUCUUCGAUACCCUUGGAAACGGGCUUUAUUUGGACACUGAUGUGGACGAAUAUGAGAAAACGCUUACUGAAGUUCUCGAAAAUUCAAUAUUACCGGAUUUUAACUUGCUUAUUAUCGAGGAGUGCAAAAACAGAGAUCUUAAAGCUGUAUUAAGGUUGACAGCUCAAAUGGAUCGAUGGGGUCAAGAACUAACUUCAGUAGGUUUGAUGGGUUUAUUGAAAAGCCAUUGUAAAUCGAAUUUGAGAAUCAAGCCUAUCAUUGAUGUUUGGAAGAGAAGACCAGAUAUGAUUGCUCAGUUAGAAGCAGACGCCUUAAAUUUACUUGUGCAAGCGUAUAGCAAAAAUACGUCGACUUCUAGUGGAAUCGGAACACUAAAUGAAAUGAUCCGAAUGGAUGUUAGAAUAGAGAAAGAAACAUACAGCGCUCUGAUAAAUAGUAUGUGCAAAAUAGGAAACUUAAGUGACCUUGUUGGUUGUUGGGAUAGAGCUCGAAAAGAUGGUUGGGUUCCGGGAUUGCUCGACUUUAAAUCACUUAUCAGUUGUCUUUGCAAGAAAGGAGAACUCAAAGAAGUUGUCUUCCUCCUCGAAACCAUGCUGGUAUCUUAUCCACAUUCGAGGUUGGAUAUACUUAAUAUAUUCCUCGAAAGGCUUUCAGAAGAUGGGUUCCCUGCAAUUGGACGGGUAUUGGCUAAGGAGCUUACGUCUCUCGGAUUUUCUUUGGAUCAAAAGGCAUACGAACUUCUUAUUAUAGGAUUAUGUAAGGAGAAUACUGUUUCAAUAGCAAUUAACGUGUUAGACGAUAUGAUGGCUAUGAGUAUGGUUCCAUGCAUUGAUGUUUGUCUUCUAUUAAUUCCAACUCUAUGUAAGAUUGGUAGAUACGAAACUGCAAUUACAUUAAAAGAGAUCGGAACUACCAAGCUAUCGUCUUCUUCACGUAGAGUGUACGGUGCACUAAUGAAAGGUUUCUUUACAACGGGAAAGGUUAGAGAAGCCUUGGCACUACUCGAGGGCAUGAUGUCUAAAGGCCUUUCUCUAGAUGCUGAGAUAUAUAAUCUUCUGAUUCAAGGACAUUGCAAAGCGAAAAACUUCGAAAAAGCGCGGGAGCUACUGGGCGUUAUGGUAAGGAAGGACUUAAGCCUUUCGAUAUCAAGUUACGGGAAAUUAGUUCGUUUAAUGUGUAUGGAAGGAAGAAGUCUCCAGGCAUUGCAUCUAAAGGACAUCAUGCUUAGAAACAGAAAAUCUCAUGAUUGUGUUAUCUAUAACAUUCUGAUCUUUUAUCUUUUUCGAAGUGGAAACAGUUUUCUUGUGGGAAAAAUUCUGGAUGAACUAUUACCUGAUAAUGUAACCUAUAAUUUCCUAGUAUAUGGAUUUUCUCAGUGCAAGGACUUUUCAAGUUCCACAUUAUAUCUCUUUACCAUGAUCCAACGGGAGUUUCGGCCUAGCAAUCGGAGCUUGAACGCUGUAAUAAGCCACCUUUGUGAUACCGGACAGCUCGAGAAAGCAUUAGAGCUGAGCUGGGAGAUGGAAUUUAGGGGAUGGAUUCUUAAUUCAGCUGUACAGAAUGCAAUAGUUGAGUGUUUCAUUUCAUAUGGCAAGCUUCAAGAAGCAGAGUGUUUUUUGAAUAGAAUGGUUGAGAAGAGUCUCAUCCCGAAACAUGUAGAUUACAAUAACAUUAUCAAGCAAUUUUGUCAGAGUGGAAGAUGGUUGAAGGCAAUGGAUUUAAUAAACAUAAUGCUCAAGCAAGGAAACAUACCAAAUGCUUCAAGUUAUGAUUUUGUCAUUCAAUGUUGUUGUAAUUAUAAGAAGUUGGAAGAAGCUUUAGAUUUACAUACCGAGGUGUUGGACCGAUGCCUAAAGCCGAGCAUCACGACAUGUGAUGAACUUGUGUCUUCGUUAUGCAGAGAAGGGCAGACGAAAGAAGCCGAAAGGGUUUUGAUGAGCAUGUUAGAGAUGGGUGAAAUACCGAGCAAGGAUGCGUACCGCUCCAUGCUUAAUAGGUACCGCUAUGAGAAUGAUCUUGAAAAGGCAUCUGAGACGAUGCGAGCGAUGCAGCAAAGUGGUUAUGAGUUGGAUUUUGAGACACAGUGGUCUCUCAUAAGUAAACUAAGCGAUACCAGUCUCGAGAACAGCAACAACAAUAACAGUAACAAAGGGUUUCUCUCAGGACUUCUUUCUAAGAGUGGAUUUUCUCGGGUAUCGAUUCCUUAGCAAUGCCGAGACGAAGAUUGCGAAUGUCAUUUUUCUUUGUUUUUGUCCGGGCCAUGAUUUGGGACCAGGACGCGCGACUCUCCCAACUCGGGUUUGCUUGAAGCAGACCGACAAUCAGAUCUCCGUUGUUCGCCCGAGAGAUUUGAUUUGCCUAAUUGGAGUACAAGUCGUAAGUAGUUGUUAGGUGAGAACUGUGAGCUGCGUGCCAAGCUAUGCUAAAGAACUGGAGAGUAGGUAAAUUUGACAGUAUGAGCCAUAAUUUAUACCGCACAGUUCGUAGCUAUCCAAUAAGCCUUUUCCAUUAUAAAGUGGAAAAGUAUAGAGCUUCAAGAAGGAUAUCUGAUGUUUUCUCCCCUGGAUAUGAACAUGGUUUGUGGUGGGUGAUGUGCAACUUGUACGUAUCCGAGAAGAAAAAUCGUUUCUGAUUGCAUCUUCUACAAGUUGUGGCUGUAACAGUACAAGUCUACUUUUCUCUUUCGGGCUUCUCUUUAAAGUUUUUAAAACUCGUCUGCUAAGGAGAUGUUUCUAUACCCUUAUAAAGAAUGUUUCGUUCUUCUUCUCAACCGAUGUGGGAUCUUACAAUUCAUCCCUCUUUAGGGCCUAGAAUUCUUGUUGGCACUCGUUCCCUUCUUCGAUCGAUGUGGGACCCUCGCUUGUUGGCACACCACCUCGUGUCCAUUUUUUGGGCUCAACAUCCUUGCUAACACACCACUUAGUGUCCACCCCUUUUUGGGCUCAACGUCCUUGUAGGCACACCACCUCGUGUCCACUUCCCUUAUGGGACCAGCCUCCUUGUUGGUACAUCGCCCGGUGUCUAGCUCUGAUACCAUUUGUAACAGCUCAAGCCUACUGUUAGCAGAUAUUGUCCUUUUUUAGGCUUUUCCUUUCGGGUUUCCCCUCAAGGUUUUUAAAACGCGUUUGUUCGGGAUCGAUUUCCACACUUUGAUAAAGAAAAAUUUGUUCUUCUCCCGAACCGAUGUGGGAUUUCACAGUGACAUUGGUUUUAAGAGGUGAAGCAGCGAAAAUGUUUUAUUACGAGAUGAAGUGCAUAAACCCAUUUGGCCACAACUCUAAUACAGGUCUCAUCUUACCAUUCUUACUCAAUACAUUCUUACACUUUUGCUAGUCACAUAUCAGCCUUUGAUUUACUCUUACCAUUAUGGUUGCUUGCAAACUUAGCAUAGUUGACUUGAAUGCUGUUUAAAUUUUUGUGCAUUGGAGAAAAAUAAAGCAAACAAUAGACAGCAAUCUUUGGGGCUGUCAUUGAU